AUGCAGAAUCUACCACAGACAUUCCAGCAUUACCGACCUAUACAGGGUGACGGCAAUUGCGGUUGGAGGGCCAUUGGCUUCUCCUACUAUGAGAAACUCAUAGAGAUUGGCAACAGAAGCCAGGUCGAGAGUGAACUGGCCCGGUUACGCGGCCUAAACCAGAUGCUCCCCACUGUCGGCUACCAGUAUUGGGAAGAUUUUGCCGACGAAGCUCUCGCGCUGCUCCAGGACGUUGCGGACAAUAUUGGCAACCCGAGUAUAGCGCAUCAGCUGAUUUUCCAACGGUGGAACGAUGAUGGGGCGACCCAGAGCAUCAUUUACUACUUCCGCAUGCUGGCCGGCAUGUUCCUCAAGAUGCAUUCUGCGACAUACGACCCAUUCAUUGCCGACGCCGGCGGCAUCCCUGCCUAUUGCAGCAGCACAGUCGACAUUCCCAACAAGGAAAUCGAGCAUCUAGGUAUCACAGCCCUUGUCGACAUCCUCCUGAAGCCCAUCAAUGUUGUUUUGGAGAUUCUCUACCUCGACCGGAGCCCUGGCCCUCAUGCCACCACCUACCGGUUCCCCGAAGAGGCCAACGACCAAGAUGAAUCACAGCUUGGCGCCGUCAUUUACUUGUUGUUCCGCCCUACGCACUACGACAUCUUGUAUCGCGCCCCACCACCGCUGCCUGUCGAGGUACCGCAGCACCCAGUGUCAAUCCAGGUUCACAGGGUCAACACGUAUGACAAUGGUGGUGGCAUAAUGAGCACCCAGACCGACCUGGGCGCUUUCGCCACGGGCGACUUCAGCAUGCUGAGUAUGCUUCCGGGGUUCGGUCCCCCAUCAGGGCCCGUGAUGCCUCUGGCCUCGCCUCUCGCCUCUCCUCCAACAGACCCGAUGGGUGAGCCAUUCUCGCCUGCUUCGCAGUCACAGCCCCCCUGGGCACAACAGUAUUGUGAUGGCUUGACGACGCCGUCCCCUCAAUCCACCACUCAACAUCCACCAGUUGUGGCACCAGCACCUCCUUCCCUUCCCAAAUCCUCCACCCCGCUUUCGCCACACACGACAGCAACGGCGGGAGUGACAAGACCCGCACUCAUGGCUGCACCGACUUCACUGGUCCCUACUUCACCUGAAUGCACCAUACGUUUCAGCCCGAUGCAGCUUGAAUACGACGGUAGCAAGGGGUCAUACCCAGAACCCACAUUCCAGGUAACGACAAGCACGUUCAAGAACAGUGUGUGGAACAGGGCGCACUUUGGGAACCCUGACUUUCACCCGGAGGAAUGGAGCCCCGAUGACGAGAAUGUCGACGGCCGGAUGGGCUCCAGAAAGAAAUCGAAAUAA